AAUGUUGACCCAAUUUAUUAUUGCUCUUUCGUUGUGUGCAACCGUGCAAAUUUACACUUUACCUUGGCCGUUGGAUUCCAUGAAGAACAAAGAAGGGAGAUAAUGAUUCAAUUCCCAACGGUCAUCAACCGUUAUUUUUCCCGCCAUAGAGGGUAUUCUCUCCAUUUCGUAUAUCUCCAGCACACCCAUCACAACCGUUUCAAUUCAACUCGUCGGCCAUGCCCCAAGCUCUUUCGCACGCUUCAAUCCUCCAAGGACUCAAAGAACUAAAGCCCCUUCGGCAAGUUCAUGCCCACAUUAUCGCAUCUGGGCUUGCCCGCAAUAUUUUCCUUUCAAACAGAUUGAUGAACUCAUACGCUUCUUGUGGGCUCAUGGCAGAAUCAGAGCAAAUUUUCCGUCAAAUGCCCCAGAAAAAUGUGGUUUCUUGGACAAUUUUGGUAUCUGGGUAUGCUAAGAAUGACCUCUUUAUGGAGGCCGUCGAUGUUUUUCGGGAGGUGAUAUUGAGUGGCAUCAAGCCGAAUGCCGUGGCAAUUACUAGCCUUUUACCUGCUUUGGCUAACUUGGGUUUGGCCCGGAUGGGGAAAUCGGUGCACUGUUUUUGGAUUCGGUGUCUUUUUGGUGCCAGUGUGUUUGUGGAAACAUCUUUGGUUGGUAUGUAUUCGAAAUUCGGAUGUAUGGAUAUUGCUCAGCAUUUGUUUGACAGAAUGUCGCAGAGAAAUACUGUUUCUUGGAAUGCACUUAUAUCUGGUUAUUCUCAUAAUGGAUUUGGUGAGGAAGCGCUUUGGCAUUUUAAUUUGAUGCGAAGAAAAGGGUUCUCUGUGGAUUUUUUCACGGUAGCCAGCGUGAUAUCAUCUUCAUCGAGUAUGGUGGGUUCAUUUAUAGGAACUGGACUCCAUGGCUUUUCAAUUAAAACUGGGUUAGACAAUGACCGACUUGUUAAAACUACUCUAAUGGAUAUUUAUGUAAAUGGCAAUAACAUUGAUGAUGCUUAUCAAAUAUUCACUGAGAUGCCUGUGAAGGAUGUGGUUGCAUGGACAUUGAUGUUGACAGGCUUUUCAAUUGGUCAAUAUUGGAAGAGGGCCAUUGAACAUUUCAAUGAGAUGAUGGCAGCAGAAAACAUUGCAUUGGAUUCUGUUGCUUUCAUCGGUAUCCUUUCGAGUUGCAGCAGUUCAGGAGCUUUACAACAAGGACUGCGGGUUCAUGCAUUGGCAAUGAAAAUGGGGCUUGUAAAUGAUAUUUUUGUAGGAUCUGCCCUUAUAGACAUGUAUGCGAACUGUGGAAAUUUGGCAGAUGCAAGAAAAGUAUUUGAAGGGAUAAAGGAAAAGGAUGUUGUAUGUUGGAAUGCCAUGAUUGCUGGUAAUGGGAUGGUUGGGUAUGGUCAUGAUGCAGUUGAUCUUUUUUUGCAAAUGAAUGCUUCAGGCAUAAAUCCAAACGAAUCAACUUUUGUAAGCAUUCUUCAUGCUUGCAGUCAUGCUGGGAUGGUUGAUCAAGGGCUCUUUAUUUUUGAUCGUAUGGUUAAAGACUGGCACAUUGUUCCUAAUUUGCGACACUAUGCUUGCGUUGUUGAUCUUAUGGGACGAGCAGGGCGCUUAGAUGAUGCUAAGUCAUUGAUUAGUAGCAUGCCACUGCAACCUGAUUCUGGGGUCUACGGUGCACUCCUUGGUGCUUGUCGUGUUCAUGGUAACAUUGAGAUGGGACUUGACAUUUCCCAGAAAUUUUUUGAGUUGGAAGCAAAUGAUGCUGGGUAUUAUGUCUUGCUUUCAAAUAUGUAUGCUUCGGCGGGAAAUUGGGGGGGAGUGCAAAUGACCCGAGCAUUGUUAAGAUCAAACGGAUUAAAGAAGGACCCUGGAUUCAGUUCGAUCGAGAUAAAUCGGGAAGUCUUUACAUUCAUAGCAGGAGAGAAAGAUCAUCCCCAGUAUGCUGAAAUUGAUAAAAUUUUAUGGUUCAUGAUUUCAAAGAUAAAGAAGGCAGGCUAUGUGCCUGAUCUUAACUCCGUGUUUCAGGAUGUUUUAGACAAUACAAAGAUGGAUAUCUUGUACCAUCAUAGUGAGAAGAUGGCCAUUGCCUUUGGACUACUAAGAACCAAACCAGGAACUAUUAUUCGGAUAACAAAGAAUCUCCGUACCUGCAAUGAUUGCCAUUCUGCGAGCAAGUUUAUUUCCACAGCUUUUGGAAGAGAGCUUCUGAUUAAGGAUGCAAACCGUUUCCAUGUUUUCCAAGAUGGAAUCUGUUCUUGUGGAGACUAUUGGUGAUGUAAAAGGAUGGUUCGAGAUAAAUCUUGAUCAGGGAGAUAAUGCCAACCAUUUUGUGAUUGAUUGUGAAAGGACCAGCAGAAUACUCAGGAGGGCUGCUGCCUCCAUGUCGGAUUUGCAACUCAACAAUCACACAUCAUGUCACGUUAGGGUGUAUUCAGCUGUGGAAAACAAGGGUGUUUUCCAGGAAAUUUUCCUAAAAAAUAAAAAAAAUUGAAAAUAUCUCAGUUGUAAGAAAACAAAAAAAAUUAGAAGAAUGGAAAGCUAAAAAUAACUUGGCAUGGAAAGCAAAAAAUAACUUGUUUUACAAAAUUUCCUCCUCUCCCUCCAGAACUCAUUUGACGCUUGAAGCAGCUUGCUUCUUUCCUCCACUCCACAGAUUGAUCAAGGAUUUGUUUAGCAUCAGAUAGAGGAAAUCUGUUGAAACUUGAAAAUAUUUCACAUAUGGUAAGAAAUUAUCAUGUACGUUUCAGAUUUGACUAUUUUUUUAUCGAUCAAUCUGACCUAUUUUUUUCUUGAGAGCUCUUUUAAUUCUCUCAGUGGCUGAGAUAUUGGUAUUCUUUUGAGCUCUUAACGAUUUACAGAGAAAAGAGCUUGAAUUCUCUCUUUUUUGUGCCAAUUCCUAACCCAGAAAUUCUAGUUUCAGAAACUCUCAUGAACUUUUAUACCUAAACCAAGAGGUGAAGGUCAAUUUCCAUUGAAAAUUCAGAGACACAGGAUUCAACCUCACAAUAGCCUCAAACUUCUUUUUAUUCUCAUCUGCCCCACAAAGUUCAACAUCUUUCACCCAUUCUUGAUGUCCAAAUCAUCAUCCCACCACAGUUACUUCUUCUAAUCUUUUACCUGCUGCAUCAUUAUUUACGUCAUCAAGGGGCUGCUGGGUUUUCUAUGGAAACGAUGAUUAAAUGGCAUAAUGUAUCAAGAAUCCAGCUAGCUUUAGUAGAAUAUGUCAGCUGCAUCUUUGAUAAAAUUUUCUGUCAAAUUUAAUACCUACAUUUUGACAGAUAGCUAGGAGCACAAUCGUCCUGUCCAAAUCAGUGAAAUCACCAUAACAUCAACUUCAUCUUCCUUUUUUUUUUUUUUUUUUUUUCAUUUUCUUUUCUAAGACUAUGAAUUGCCACUACCAAUAUAGACCUACUGCAUUAUUACUGCUAUUAAGCUGAGUAAAAAAUUUUCUACAGGACAAUUAUGAGAUGGAGUACUGCAGUACUGCAAGUCUCAGGAAAUGGUUAAUUUUCCUUGGAAGGAUGAUUAAAUGAAGUACUGCCCCCAAAGACUGGCUUUAUAGCCAAAAUGUUGACAAAUGCACAAACUCAGCUUUAAAGGGGAACGCGUGGCAGUUUGUUAUUGGUAGAAGAGAGAGAGGACGAGGACUAAUUACAGAUUGCGGGUAUGGAAGUUCAAACAUUUUCGAAACCUGCUACUUUGCUCCCAUUGCUGAUUUGGAGUCUUAGUCUCCUGACCCAUUCGGUGGAACUCAAAACCAUAGGUCUUGUCUCAAAUGGUUUGCUGUUGGUGCUGAGGUGGAGGAAGUGAACUCCUUGGUGGCUGAGCUUGCUAACAUAACUGCAAGGGAGUGUGUUUUGCUUAAUCAGUGCAAAGAUAUCUUGUCCACAGCAGCUGCAAUGCAGGUAAGAACAAAAUUCAGUUUCCAUUGAAAACAUUACCGGGUUUGAAUUUCAAUGCCUAAAGCUGCUGAAAGAAUUCUACUGUAUUCUACAAAAUAUUGGCCCUUUUCUUGCAUAUUUCCUCGUACAUUCAUUUCUCACUCAAAAUAUAAGGAUAAUUUACGGUAAUUGCCCCUGGCUUUCUAGUCCAAGAGUUCUUAGCAUAUCAGUUCAAUUACUGCAGUGGCUGUAGCUUAUAAUGUCAUAUCUGCACUAUAUUUUUCAACACUUGCUAGUUAUUGCAAUUGCGGACAUCAUUCUUUUGAAAAGAAUUUUAUAAUAUUUUUUGCAUUGCCACUGAAUUUUUCCAUAAUGAUGGAAGGCUUAGAGUGUGAUUAUCAGCUGGACAAACUGAAUUUUAUUAUAUUAUUACAGUGCGGUGUGCCAAUUCCAUCCUAAUUGUUUUUUGGGGAAUGACAUCUGUAGUUGUCUCUGCUCCAUGCUCCAGUUUGUCCCAUCUUGUACUACUGCCUUUCUCCUUUCUCUUGCAUAAUAAAUUUAACUUAUUUUUAAAUUUUUCAAGAUUGACAUUAAAAUUGUACAAGAUGUAGUCAUAAAGAGUUUAUCUAGUUGUACAAAAUAUUUUUUAUUUUUUAUUUCUAGAUUUUAAAAUAAUUAGAAAAAACACCCCUUAUUUAUUUUAUUUAUUUUAUUUUUCUAAGUAUUAGUAUGAUGGAUUUUGUGACUUGAAUUUAGAUUUGUGUGGGUUAUGAAGAAACUUAAUAUAUAAUUGGAUAAACUAAAGUCUAAUUCGAAUUCUAUGUUCUUAUGCACAAAGUAAGAAAUCUAAAAUCUAAAAUCUAAAAAAUAGGAAUAAAUGUGAUGAUCUUGGGUCUAAUUCGGAUUAGAUAUUAUUUGUUUUGACCACUUGUUUCAUUAGGUUGUCUUAUAAAAAACGUUUCACAUAGUUGGAACUAAACCAACCCUUAUAGGUUUAAGAUUUUUUUUGUAUGCAUCUAAUGUGAGAUUGUGAGAUUCUCCCUUGUCUAAUCUUUGAUGCUCUUGUGUGCGGACUUGUUUCCAUAUAAUAGUACCUUGAGGGUGGCUCUAAUAUUAAAUAUAACAAUCUCGAGCCUAACUCUAGUGAGAUAUUAUCUAUUUUGACCCACUGGCCUCAUGAAUUUUUUGAAAAAAAAACGCAUUACUUAGUUGGAGCCUAUACCAAAUUAUGAGCUCAAGAUUUUCCUAAUACAUAUGUGACGUGGAACUGUGAUAUCAUCUCCUAUCUAAUCUCUGAUUCUCUUGUCAGAGUGCCCUACUUGGUCCCACAUGAUACUACUCUCUAGGGUGGCUUUGAUACCAAAUGUAAUAAUUUUGAGUUCAAUUCAGUUGAGAUAUUGUCCACUUUGACCCAUUGGUCUCACAAGUUUGUUCUAUAAAAGACGCCUCACAUUAUUAGAGUUUAAACCAAAUUUAAAAGUCAAAGAUUUUAAUUAAUAAGAUAUUUUAAAACUUUUCUCUAUAGAUUUGAAAAUUAACAAAUAAAGUGGGGUUGUUGUAAUUUUUCAAAAAAAAUUAAAAA